GGGUAUUUAAGCCCCACACAGAGCAGCCGUCAUCAGACAGAAGCUACGCCACCGAAGGACACGCCACAUUCAACACACACCUGCGACAGUAGCAGAGAUGAACGCGGCACCCCCUGCAGGAAGUGCCCUGGCGGCCAACACCACAACGGGCCCCACCACCCCCAAGAAGGGACCCCCCAAGUUCAAACAGAGGCAGACCAGGACCUUCAAGAGUAAGGCCCCCAAGCCUGGACAGAAAGGGUUCGGUGACGACAUCCCAGGCAUGGAGGGUCUCGGAACAGACAUCACGGUGGUCUGCCCCUGGGAAGCCUUCGGCGACAUGGAGCUCAGCGACUUGGCCAAAUACGGCAUCAUCUAACCCCGACGACGCUCCCCGCGAUCCAACCCCGAUGCUCAACCUCUCAACCCAGAUGCGCACGGCGUCUAACCCUGCCGAUACUCACCAUCCAACCCCGAUGGUCCGGGUCUAACCCUGAUGUCCACCAUCACCCAACCCCGACGCUGCCCUCCUCGUCCUCUGCCCUCCCUCACCCCCCUCUCAACCCCCCCCAGACCCCUAUCUACAUCCCUUUCCUCUCCUCUCCAGCAGGGCUCCAUAAGGCUGCCCCCUGCUGGUGAAUCCCUUCUCUCGACUACCUCCUGGUUUCCUCUGCCAUUUGGCAGAGGUAGUGCGAGAGAGUGGUCGCUUUUAUAUUUAUAGUUAUAUUUAUAUAUAUAUGUAUACAUAUGAUUAUUUUAUAUUGUCCUUACUACAUAAGACGCGUCACACUAUAUUGUAUAUAUUUCAACGGAUACAACGAGGAAAAAAACGAACCGUUAUCAACCUGUGACCUGACCUUCGACCCCCUGACCCCUCCUCCUUCCUCCUUCAUAUCGCACUCCCGCUCUAUGACACAAGCUUGACACUAGCAGUGACUAGCUCGUAUUUUCUCCUAGCUGUCUAAGAAGUGUAAAUAUGACUUUGUUUAGGUGUGUAAACUGUGACGUUCACGCCUACCUUUUAUACGGUGCUCCCGUGGGUCCUAGUGUGCAUUGUGUAUUCUGCUCCUUGAAGUCACGAUAACAGGAGGAGCGCAGCGCGUGAUAUGACAGGAGCCAUGCGUUGAUCGCGAAGGUGGAGGAAACCAUCCACCCACUGCCCCCACCCCCCCUCCCCCACUCCACUCCACUGGAACCACGAACAACCCUGUACUGAGUAGCUCUACCUGUACAGAUUCACUUGCAGAAGGUUCCCCGACUGGCUUUCAACUGCUUUCGACUCUAUAGCUGCAAUAAAAAAGUGUAUAUUUUCAGUA